AUGGAGGCGCUGCCAAAUAAUCACCAACCCUCUACAAGUCCGAGAUCUGGCAGUGAAUCAUCCGCUCCCACAUCAAAGCGAUCUCGUGUCGUUGUUUCGCAGUCGAAACGAGGCUGCGUGACUUGCAAGACACGCCGGGUCAAGUGUGACGAGCAAAAGCCUCUGUGCCGGCGAUGCGUCCAAGCAGGUCGAUUAUGUGGCGGUUACAACCAUGAAAACAAGUUGUCGUCGGCUUUGCAGCCUGCUCUGAAGUUCGGCGUCACAGCGGACAGCCAUACGGAGAGGCUAUGCUAUCUCGCAGCUCAUGUGUUGUCUCUGGACAACAACGGCCAUCCUCUGCAAGAAGACGAUGUCUGGGGGCGCAUAUUUCUCCAGCUAUCGAAUCAAGUCGAAUGUGUCAAGGCCGCCGCUGCCGCAUUUGGGGCUGCGUACGAAUCAUCGCUCAAUAACGCCAUCGUAAAAAGCCCUUGUUCCGCCUGGCGCUACUACGGCUCAGCUCUGGCAAGGCUUCAAUCGGAUUUUAACAACGAGACUGUCGGCCCAGAGUCCCUGGCUCUAGCAUCAAUGAUCCUAGCCUGCGUUGAGAUCCUAAGCCAACACGAGCAAAAUGCAUUCGCCCAUUUUCUUGGGGCCGUACAGAUCCUAUCCAAGACCUAUCAGCGCCGCCAGGGAGCUCCAUCUGCUGACAUUCUCAGCACAAUCAAAGAGGCGCUCGUCAAAGUUAACCUCUUGAUUGGUAGCUACGCUCUGUCCCAGACGCCGCAAGUUAUGCACCUGGAAUCUCAAGAAGCAGCCGCUGGUGACGAUGCGUUCCGUGAGCCGGAGCUUGCUAUUAACACCGCGAUGCUCUGCCUUCACAGAUCAUAUCAAUUCAUAGAGUCGGCUGCCCACCUGCGGUUCACGUAUCCAAGCUGGAAAGAGCAUGAUCCCAUCAUGUGCAAGAGUCAAUCUGACGCAGUGACCCAAUGCCGUUCGGUUCUCGAUGGCCUUGUGGCGCUUACCACAAGACUGCAAUCCCAAUACUCGUCUGCGACGUCUACGCUGAGAGAUUCGGAGACGCUGGCGGAGAUUUACGCUAUUCGCACGCAGCUCACGUCCACUAUAAUCUUCAUCCUGUGUGUCCACAACCCAUGCGAAACGGGGUAUGAUGAGCACCUGGACCGAUUUCGAAGCAUCGUGAGUGAUGCUGCAGCGUCGGCGCGGCUGAGGCGGCGAACCAAACCCAGCGCUUUCAAACGCUUCUCAAUGCGUCCUGGUAUUAUUAGCCCUCUUUACUUCGUGAGUAUAAAGUGUAGAGAUCCGCCACUGCGUGCUUUAGCGACGACAAUGCUCAACGAACAAAGUCGCGAGGGGCCUGCCGAUGGACAAAUUCUGGCGGCAAUUGGUGCUCGACUGGCUGCCCUUGAGACAUCUGACAGUGUGCCUUCUUCCCCUGGCGCUCCGCUGGCUGCCUGCAACGUCCUCGAAGGGCAAAGGAUUCACGGCUACUCGGUGCCCCCUCCAAGAUUAAAUGGCGAGGGCCGCCGCGUCGUUGACAUUGUUUUCAGCCGGCCAAACCCGCCUCUCGUGCAAGGUUGGGGUCAUGUUGACUACACAUGCCAGGAUGGCUGGAUGUACUGGUCCGAGCCUAUCGAUAUAUAG